AUGCCUCCUGUGAUGUACAUGGACUCUUAUGAGUUGUGUCAGCAGGACACAGACGCGCUGUAUUGCAUGUCAGAGUAUGUCCUGGUCUCUGACAAACCUAGCCCUUUGUUAACCAUGAUACAGGAAUUUUCAGAACACAGUGUAUCACAUUACAAUCACACCAAAUUGCGGUAUGGUACAUGUAUCACGCAAACUUGUCAGAAAUUCUACGACCUAUUUGAUAGUGACCUAAAAUUGAUCCUUGAGGCAUGCCUCAAUGAAACAUUAUCUACGAAAUAUGAUUUGAAGGUUAGAAUUUUAAAUGAUAUACAUUGUAAACAACCUGGCACGGUUAUGAAGGAUAUAGAUCAAUUGGACAUUAUUGUAGGAAUAAUUUUCACCAUAUUAUUAAUUGCUAACAUUGUCGGAAGCCUAACUGAUUACCAUAGUGGAAUGAAGGCAGAAAACAUAGUGUUUAAAUUACUCAAAUGUUUCUCACUAAUUCGCAACUGGAAAAAGCUGAUGGCUUUAGAUGCAGACGUUUCUGAUCCCCGUUCAGAAUCUUUAAACGGUCUGCACGGGAUAAGGUAUCUUGCCGUAGAUAUGCAGCUCUACAUAGCGGGCGUGAUCUUCUUCUUGUCCUGUAGAUCAUCUCGCUCUAGGAAAAUCGCGCUCUCCUUGCUGUUCCUCGCUGGAAUGAUCAUGCCAGCUUCUCAUGUCUACUUCCAGGAUCUGGAUGGAAUACAAUUAAUUACCCCUGAAGAAACAUUGUCCCUUUUUGCCACCGAUCCUCAUUUCAACAAUAUAUAUACACGUUUCCAUACAAAUAUCAUCGGGUACGUCAUCGGUAUGGCGCUGGGCUACUUAGUCUAUCACUGGCAGACGCAGAGGAUAGACGUAAAACAAUGGCAGAAACCUAUCUACCGCAUUCUUUACUACAGUUCGGUACUCCUGGGGUUAUGGUGUGGCUAUAUCGGCAGUAUAUUCUAUCAGGAUGCUCCACGACAACCUCUCUACGUCAGAGUACUCUGUGCCGCCUUUAUAAAACCAAUAUUUGGAUUUUUUAUCGCCAUAUUGCUCAUUGGUCUUAUCUUUAAGUUUGAAGACCGUUACCGCGGUUUCCUGGAGUGGAACGUCUGGAGAAGAACCAGCCGUUUGACGUACAGCGCCUACCUGCUACAUUUCUCAUUGAUCAGGAUCAUUAUAACCAUGAGGACGAGCACAAUUCAAGUUGACACCACACAUACUGUGAAGACGACCCUCACCCUGUUAACAAUGACCUUUAUAACAGCACUUGUGUUCUGGCUCCUGGUGGAAGCACCAUUCAGUAACAUCAUGAAGGAAUACCUCAGCACUACAAAAAGAAAAGACAAGAAGAAAAAUAAGAUUAAAUAA